UUUAAAGUAGACAUGCGAAACAUAUUAGGGUUUUCAAAACCCUAGACUUGGUUAUAUUUUUUAUCGGGUUGAUAAAAAAUUGGUUCGUCUUAGGAAAACAGCCUUUAUCUCCUCCAUUAGCCAACGUAUUUCCGGUUCGCUCGAAAAUGGGUCGCGUGAUCAGAGCACAGAGGAAGGGAGCAGGCUCCGUGUUCAAAUCCCACACGCAUCACAGAAAGGGCCCUGCGCGCUUUCGUAGUUUGGACUACGGUGAACGAAAUGGGUACCUGAAGGGCAUCGUUACAGAAGUCGUUCACGACCCGGGGCGCGGCGCUCCCCUUUGCCGCGUCAACUUCAGGCAUCCCUUUCGUUACAGGCAGCAAAAGGAGCUAUUCAUCGCGGCCGAGGGUAUGUAUACUGGUCAGUUUAUUUACUGCGGUAAGAAGGCCAAUCUGACUGUGGGGAAUGUCUUGCCUCUGAGAUCUAUUCCUGAGGGUGCUGUGGUUUGUAACGUGGAGCAGCAUGUGGGCGAUCGUGGCUCCUUUGCCAGAGCUUCUGGAGAUUAUGCCAUCGUCAUUAGUCACAACCCUGAUAAUGGCACUUCCAGGGUAAAACUUCCAUCUGGAGCUAAGAAGAUUGUGCCUAGUAGUUGCAGAGCCAUGAUUGGGCAGGUUGCUGGCGGUGGAAGAACAGAAAAGCCAAUGCUCAAAGCAGGAAAUGCUUAUCACAAAUUUAGGGUCAAAAGAAACUGUUGGCCCAAGGUUCGUGGUGUGGCAAUGAACCCUGUUGAGCAUCCUCAUGGUGGUGGUAACCAUCAACACAUUGGGCAUGCCAGUACAGUGCGUCGUGAUGCUCCUCCAGGACAAAAAGUUGGUCUCAUUGCUGCUAGGAGAACUGGUCGUCUGCGUGGACAGGCUGCAACGGCAGCUUCAAAGACAGAAAAGACUUAGCAUGCACACCUACUCAAUCAGAAUUAAACAAUUAUAGAGUUUAGUUUCUUUUCUUCUUUAGGUUGCUUUGUGUCAUCAACUUAUGUGGACCAGGUUGUAAACUAUGUUUCCCAUUAUUGUUUCUUAUCAUUAGUGGUUUAUUGUUGAUUCAAAAUUUUGGGAAAGACUUCAAACUAGGUUGUAAUCCUCGUUUACUUUUAUUGUUUGAGGCUAUUUUUUGUUCUGUCAUAUUAAUUGACUUUGUUAUA